AAGCUCGUCUUUCUCGCGGCUCGUAUAAAUAGAUUUCGAAUUACCGGACUGCUCUCAGUUGAAGCCGAGCUCAGUGACUGGAAACUGCAUCAUGAGAACCAUGUUUAUUUGGCCCGUCUUUGUUGUGGGCAGUCUGCUAGCCGUCACAAAUGCGCAGCAGAACUAUGGCGGCAGAAAUGGCCCCCACCAAUUCGGAACCCCGGGAAACGAGAUCUAUAUAAGGGGUCAGAACGAAGGAUCCUACACAGUUCCCGGCGUGGACGGUACCUUCCAGAAUUCGCCCUCAAGUGGCCAUCACGUUUACACCGAUGAGCAGGGGAACACCUACACUCACUCUCAUUCCUCGACCACAAAUGAAAAGAACUUGGCUUCUGCACCUUUGGCUUUCGGCGCGGGCGGAGCCUUACUUUUGUUAAUCAGUUUAAUUACCAUUUAAUUGGCUGUUUAAAAUGCAAAUGUUCCCAUUCUGUCGUUACGCCCUAUAGAAAUUACUUUUUUAAAGUGGAAUUCACAUUUAACAUUUUCAAAGUAGUCUGAUGAUUCAACUAUAUUAGCUAUACAACUUUUUGAUUAGCGUUCCCAUUUUGUACACAAACUUUUAUCAACAAUUAGGCCUAUGCUAAUUCUAAAUAAUAAAUUAAUUUCUCAGUGAA